AUGACUUCCGCCUGUAGCCGUGUCCUGCCAAUGGAGGAUGGUCAGCAGCAGCAGCAGCAGCAGCAGCAGCAGCAGACAUGUCUGCCGGUCUCUUAUUUUGGCAUGGAAACGCUGGUCAAGCCAGCGACAAUGGGCACAUUAAUUAAUAGUCUGCCGGGCAGUUUGGUAGCCGGCGUCUAUCCCCCCAAAACGGAGACAUUCAAGUCGUUAACCCCACCGAAGCCACAGCAACAGCACCAGCACCACCAUCACCAUCAUCAUCCCAAUGGUGACCACUUGUUCGUCGUUUGUGAUGGCAAUGGUCUGGCUAGGAAGCUGCUACCACCCACGACAAUGCAACCCACUGUUCUACCCAAGGAGGAGGUCCUGCCGCUACCCCAAUCCUCGCCAACUCCAGCAGCUCCGCCCAAGGACCACGACAUUUACGAGCAACCAACACCAAACGGUCGACAUUGUCGUCCCGUCAACAAAGCUUAUGGCCAAUUGAGCCCCGCCCGGGGACCAAACUCCGUCAAGGGUGGCCGUAAAUCCAAUAAAAACGCUUUACAAGCUGUAAAGCUGAGAUCAUAA